AAGUUAAUCAUGGUUAAUUGAUAUGCAAUUCUUUCGUUCCAUUUUAGGUGGCUUUGUUUGACUACGGGUAAACUUUAAGAAUGAAAGAAAGUUUUUGAAAUUUGUGGUGUAAAAUAAUUUUAUUUGUUUUGAUAUAAAUCAUCUCAUUAAGAGUAAAUUAAAAAAUUAAAUGAAAUUGUUUCAAAUUAUAGAAAAAAUAUCAAUUAUUUUUGAAAAACCUAAAAAAAAGUGUAUUUAUUAUGAGUAUUCUUUUUUACAGCUACGACUAGGAGACAAUCUAUAUUGCUCAUGUAUAGUCCACUUAAAGAUGGUUUGCUGAUUCGACUUUUUUUGUUUGAUAAUUUGAUUUGGGUCUUUGAUGAUGUUGGGAUAAUGUUAGCCAAAUUUCACAAAAGAAAGUGCAUUUUCAUCUGGCAAUUGAAAUGUUACACACAUGUACUUUUCAAGGGUUACAUUCUUAUGUGUGUUUAAACUGGAAUCAAUAUUACCUUCAAAUAACACGUGGCAUAAAGAGUGCAUUCACUUUUAUGCAUCUGUUGAUUUAGUAUGAAUGAGAAAAAAAGUCAUGUGCAAACACAGUAGUUAAGUGAGAAAAAUUCAUAUGCAAUACAUAUCACACAUAUCACACGCAUCUAUCAGUUUGAUAUAAAUGUGGGUAAGUUUUUCAUGUCUGACCUGAAUAAAUUAUUUAUUGAUCAGUGGCUAAUGAUUUCACAUUUUUAGACCUAAUGAAAGAACUAGUGAUUUUUCCAUUACACAAAUUUAUUCUUCUCAAAAGUUGGUGUGCCAUCAUAUCAUCUUAAUUAAACAACAGAUAAUGGUACGGUUUCAUGUACUUUUCAUUUUCCUCUAUCCCUUUAAUUUCCCACUACUCUAUAUGGUAGUGGAAACAAUUCUAAUCUACAAUUUUAUAUUUCUUCAUAUUGUUACGGAUAGGGGUGUAUAAAGUAAAUUGAUAAACCGCACCAAAUCGAUAAAUCGAGUUAAAUCGAGAAAAAAAUCCGAUUAUUGGUUUGGUUUGACUUGGUUUGGUGUUGAGAAAAAAAAAACCCGAUCAUAAUUGGUUUGGUUUGGUUUUAACUAAAAAAAGUCAAACCGAACCAAACUAACCCGAUAUUACAUGUAUUCAAUUUUUAAAAUAUUUAUUUGUAAUGGAAUUUAUAAAUAUUUCUUUUAUUUUUUCGUAGUUUUUUUUUAUCUAUUAUCAUAUUAUUCAAGCUUGAACUUAGAAUUUUGAAUGUCAAUAAGUUUUAUAUCCUGUGGAUAUUUGUAACUCAAAUAAAGUUCAAACCAAAACCAGCUCAACACUAACGCUAACAAAAGAAAUUCAAUUUACCACUAUGAAUGACAAUAAUGUUGGAUAUCUAUUCUUUAGUUUUGCAUAAUUAGUUUAGAGAGUGAAAAUACAUAACUUAAGUUUUUUUCUUUUUCAUGUAAUUAACACCUAUUAGUCGUGCUUAUUUUAGCAUGACUUAGUAUUUUUAGAUUAUGGUCAUUUUCUUUAUGGCUUGUUAAUUAGCAAUAUUUAUUUUAACCGAUUUUAUUAGUUUUUGUUGAAUAUUUUAAUACAAUAUCAUCACUCUUCUCACAUUUUAUGUUAUUUUCUUAAGAAACACCUUAAUUAUGUAGUUGUAUCUUACUAGGAUAGAAAUAUUUGAAGUAAAAGUUAUACGUAUUGUAUCAAGACUAUUCCGGAAAAAAAACCCGAAAAACCCGAGAAAACCGAAUAACCUGAGAAAACCCGAGGUUGAAAUACCCGAAUUUUAUUGGUUUGAUUUGAUGUAUAAAUUUAAAAACCCGACGCGAUUGGUUUGGUUUGGUGUUUAAAAAAUCCGAACCAAUCCGGUCCAUAUACACCCCUAGUUACGGGGAACGAAAUUGCGUACUUUUGGGAUUUUUGUUUUUCAAUUGUGUGAUUGUAGAAAAUGGUUCCCGAUUGAUAAUGGCCUUAAUAUAAUUAACAAUAAAAUAAGGACACCUUGGCAGGUCAAAUAUGUCGUUGGUAAACGUUUAAAUAGUGAUAAUUUUAUUUUAUUUUUGCCAAUACCUAUACAGAGGGGCAGAGGGCAAUAUGCUUUUUGCAACUAGCCAAUCUGAGGGAAAAAUGAAAGAUCGCGUUAUAUUUGAGGAAGCUACCUCUUUAUGACAAUAAAAUUAAUAUUGAAAAUUAAUCAAGAUAACAUCCCAAUUUUCAGGCUAAGACCAACAAAGAUUGAUUUUGUCAUUACUAAUGCCAACAAUAGAUAGUGUUGUGUCUUAUAAAGUUCUGUUAACUACGUGUAUAUCACCUUUUUGUGAAGCUCUUUGUAUACAAGAUGGAAGGGAGGAAGUUUUUAGUCAUUGUGUUAGAAACAAAAAAUAUUUCGAGCCCACAAAAUUCAUUUUAUUUUUUUAAGGAAUUUAAUUUAAUUUCCUCACGGUAUUUGAGGUAUUGAGUCAUUUUCUCCUUGGAUAGAACAGAGUUACCUUGUUAGAAUAGCAGCACUUCAAAUUCCAAGAUACUUCAAAUGCAAAAAAGGGAAUAAAUCACACUUCCAUUUGCAAAUAAAUGCAUAAAAUAGAAGAAAAUAAGAAUUCGAAAAUCGAUGAAAAUAUCAUAGGCAAGGUGUUUGUAUUUAUAGCCGAUGAAUAGGUGAACCUCAUGAGACCGUGCCGAUUGAUGUGUUGAAGUGCAUUCUCAUUCGUAGCACAACUCAAAGAUCAUGAAUUCGAAUCUCAUCCUCACUAAAAACCCAACAUGUAUUAACCUCCCAUUAUAGGCAAGCAUCUUGUAGUCAAAUCACACGUAAGAAUAAAUUUUAACUUAUCAUUUUUCACCAUAUUUUGGAAGCAAAAAUUUAUAUCCUCUGAUUUCCUUGGUUUAUUAAUUAAUUUAUUUUAUAUUUAGCUUGGGUGCUUACCUAACCCCUACUAUGUUUACUUUUGAUUUAUUUAAUUAAUUAAAAAAAGUAGUGCUUCAUCAUAUAUAGCAUCUCAAACGACAGAUUAUACUGUACGGUUUCAUGUACUUUCCAUUUCCUCGUCCUUUAAUUUCUCACUACUCCAUAUAUGGCAGUGGAAACAACUCAACUUUGCAAUUUUAUAUAUCUUCUUCAAAUGGUAUCCUUCAAUAAUCUCCACCAUUAAAUAUGCAAAUUAGAUUUGUAUAUCCUUAUAAAAGUUAGUUGCUAGCUAGCUCAAUGUUGAAUAAUUCAGAAUCUUCUUCUUCUUCUUCACGGCCUAAUAUAGCUUUUCCUUUAGGUCUAGCUCUUCUUGUCCUAGUACUUGUUUGUAUGACUGGCUUAUUUUCUUGUUUCCACCAUUGGAAUAAGCUUCGAUCCCUUCUUUGUUCUUCAACUUCUUCUCAUGAUGAUCAUCUUGAUGAAGAUGAUCAAUCCUCAUUUGAUGCAUCAAUAGUUUCAGCCAAUUCUAAAACUAUCCAGGAGCAGAAGAUUGGUGAGAGCUUGACUAUAUUGAUGCCGGGAGAUGAUAUUCCAAAGUUUGUGGCUUUGCCCGCUCCCUAUCGGUGUACUCUCCAACUUGAAACACUUGUAUAGACUAAAUAUAUAAUAUAUAUUUUUAUGUAAUAGCUUCAGAACCAAAUGAAAUAUAUUAUGUUAAUUUGUUUA